AUGGGGAAAGGUUUUCAGAAUUUUAUGAGCAAAAAGGAUUUCCAUCCAAGUGCUUGGUGGAAUAUCAAGAAGGUAUGGGAAGCACGUCAGAAAGAUGAGAUGGAAAAAAAACGUCAGGAAGAUUUGCGUGUUGCAUACGAGCGAGAACAAGAUAUACUCAAUAAUAAAGCUCUUCUGGGAGAUGAAAAGGCACGUAUGGGUCUUUCGUUCAUGUAUGAUGCACCUCCUGGUAUCAACAAAAAAGAAGAAGAUAAACCCGAACCAAAAUUCGAGUGGCAAAGAAACUGGGCCAAAAAUAAUGAUGCCAUAACUGAUCAACCCUUCGGCAUACAAGUACGUAAUGUUCGAUGUGUGAAAUGUCACACAUGGGGACAUUUGAACACAGAUCGUGAAUGUCCGUUAUACAAUAUGAGUGGAAAUUUCGAAGAUCCAGGGUAUGCAAAUAAUCCAUCUGAUUUGUUCAAACAGCUGCAGAAGGAUCGCACAGAGGAAAAGGCGUCUCAAAAAACAAAAGUGAAAGAAGCACUGAAAGUUCGAUCAACAAAACAUGUUAUUACUACUGCGAAUGAUGAAGAAAAUGAAGAACAAUGGGAAGAGUUAACUUAUGAUCAGUUAGCAGAGAAUAUGAAAGAAGAGCAUGGGUUGACCCUAAAGAACAAUAUAUUUCAAAAUAUGCGUGCUGAGGAAAGCAUAAUGAACAUGGGUUUAAGGUCAGAGCAGGAAAAAAUGGCAGUAUUUUUCAAUACUCUUAGUGAAAAAGAAAAACGUAAAUUAUCAAAAAAACUUCUAUCAGCUACAAGUGACAGGAGUGAUAAAAAGAAAAGGAAUAAACGGAUGAAGAAAUCAAAAUCUGAGAAAAAUGAGAAAAAAAAACAUAGAAGGCGAAAAAUUGAAGAUUUCGGUGAGUCGUCAAUGCCAGAGACUGUUCAUGAUGAAAAACGGAGAAGAGUAGACAAAAAUGGAAAACACAGAUCUCAUGUUGGUUUGGAUGGAAAAACGGGCUGCUUUGAAGCAAAGGAAUUUGGAACCACGAGACGAUCAAGAAUUUCAUCAUCACAGUCAACAGACAAGACAUCGAAAAGGCAAGACAUCGAAAUCGUUGAGAAGGCAAAUCGUUCACGUUCGCAUCAUAAAUACCACCGUAGUUAUGAUCGGUAA